GCACCUCUAAUAAUCACAACAACUCGUAUACAAGACCAAGUCAGACUUGAAGAUCAUUCACAGACCCUCCAAGAUCACUAGGUACAAAUCUCUGACCCCGGAGUUGCCUCCCACUGUUGUUGCCGUCAUUGGACUUCUCGGCCAAUCGCAGCUUCCGCGUUACAAGCGACAACCUCAAGUUUCGAGCUUGACGACAACCUCCAUAUCCGCCAGCAACCCCCCAACCCGCCAGCGACUCCACCACGCUCACAAUGGCCAGCGCAAAGCCAUUGACAAUGUUGGCGCGCAGCCGCCCAGCAGCCACGCUGCUCCGGUCACCGCAGUUCGCGUCUGGACGCCUCCCCUCGCCCGCCACCGUCGCCUUCUUCUCUACCACUCUAUCCCGAGCCGCCACUCCAGCAGGACCCCCACCACCAGGCUUCCGGUUACCAAAGCCGAAGCGAUGGGAUGAAGGAGAAGGUGCAUUGGACCGCGCCGGCAAGUACUUCUUGCUUAUGGAGAUGUUCCGUGGCAUGUACGUGUCGCUGGAGCAGUUUUUCCGACCACCAUACACCAUCUUCUACCCAUUCGAAAAGGGCCCCAUCUCACCCCGCUUCCGAGGCGAGCACGCUCUGCGACGGUACCCCACGGGUGAGGAGCGUUGCAUUGCUUGCAAGCUGUGCGAAGCCAUCUGCCCUGCGCAGGCCAUCACAAUCGAGGCUGAGGAGCGUAUGGACGGUAGCAGGAGGACCACACGUUAUGACAUUGACAUGACCAAGUGCAUCUACUGCGGUCUCUGCCAGGAGAGCUGCCCAGUCGACGCCAUUGUUGAGGGACCCAAUGCUGAGUAUGCCACCGAGACACGAGAGGAGUUGCUUUACAACAAGGAGAAGCUGCUAGCAAACGGAGACAAGUGGGAGCCUGAGAUCGCCGCUGCUGCUCGUGCGGAUGCGCCUUACAGAUAAUGUAGAGGAGUGGUGCGAGUUUACUGUAUAUAUAGGAGGAGCGGUUCCGCCUGACACAGCCAGUCGGGUUUCAUUUGUCAAUGCAUCAGUACAAGAAGGGACCAUUUCAACAACUGUGGGCGAUACUCAAAUUAUUGAGAACAUACAUGUGGACAUUGGGUGUGCUGCGAUCAAGGGCCCGAUUGGAUGCAUUCCUAUUGUUUUGCGAGACAGCACUGACAUUUGAACUAAUACAAUCGAGGAAAAGACAUCGCAAUAUUCAAGACCCUGAUACU